UUCUUCUUCUUCUUCUUCUUUGCCUAUAUACAAGCAUUUCACUUGGAAAUCCAUCAUGUUUGGUUGGCGUUCAGGGACACAUAGAUUGUCCAAUGCCAUGUCUAUUGUGGAGCUUCUGGUUCAUAUGGAUUGUGAAGGAUGCGAAAAGAGAAUACGAAGAGCCAUCUCUAAAUUAUCUGGCGUUGAUCAUUUGGAUAUCGACAUGGACAAACAGAAAGUGACUGUAACUGGGUACGUGGAUCAGAGACAGGUACUAAAGGUAGUGAGAAGAACGGGAAGGAAAGCUGAGUUUUGGCCAUACCCUUAUGAUAGCGAGUACUACCCAUAUGCGGCACAGUACUUGGAUGAAUCUACAUAUACUUCAAGCUACAACUACUACAUGCAUGGUUACAACGAAAGUGUCCAUGGAUAUUUCCCAGACCCGCCUUACCCAAUACUCAUCGAUGAUCAAACUGCGCAUAUUUUCAGUGAUGAUAAUGUUCAUGCAUGCAGCAUAAUGUGAUCUGCUUGUCCAAUUAUUCAUUCUUCAGAUAUAUCCAUAGCCCGUAUACAUAAAUUAUAGUAUGUAUUUCUACAAAUACAUAUACAUGUUUGAAAAUAUUAUGAAAAAAAAAAAUGAAAGAGUUUGCUUUA